AUGAGUGACGAUGAUCAAAUCCUACGACAGAGAACAGGUGAUGUUAUAGAGGAAAUAACUAGUACUACUACUUCUUCGACUACUACUCCUCCUCCUACUCCUACUCCUACUUCUACUUCUAUCAAUACCACUACACAAGAUAAUGUACUCAUCACUAAUCAAAAACAAACAACUAAUAAUGAUGAUGAUGAUGAUGAUGAUGACGAUGAUGAAGAAGAACCAAUUGAUCCAAUUCAACCAGAUUUUGAAGCAGCUGCGGAAAAAUUACAUCAAGGUACAAGUUAUGUACCACCAAUGAUUGAUUUUUUAAAUCAAUUUCUCCCGCCACGUUGGGUUAAUUGGACUGUACGAUUAUUUACUGGUCUAUUAUUAAUAUCAGGAUUUACAUUAAUAAUUUAUUUCGGUCCAUUAGCAUUGGUGCUUAUGGACUUUCAGUCUAGUAGCAAAGCUAGGCCCACUAAUCCAAAUACUAGACGUAAAUGCCACAUUGAUUAA